AUGGCCGCGGAGGCGACUCCUUGCCGCUACCGCCGGAUCCGGAAGGCCUCUGACCUCUCCGCCGUCAGCGCCGCCGCGCCCUCUAAACGGGUGCGCAUGGGAGAGAGACGAUGCACCAGUCAUGAGGACAGGAUCAGCAGCUUACCUGACGAGUUACUCAUCUUGAUUAUUGACAAGCUGGACAUACGCUCAACAAUAACAACCACCAUCCUAUCGAAGCGAUGGCGUGAUCUUCCUCGGCGUUUGCCAAUAUCCUAUAACCUCACUGUCGAUGACAUCCUCCCACCACGCUAUCACCGCCUGAAACGCCUUAACAUGGAGGCUAAGGCAGCGUACGAGGCAGAGAAGAACAUGCACAAGCUGACCGACAUCUAUGCCAUCAAGGCUCAGCAUGAGCGUUGGAUGGCCAAGAUCAGGCCUCUCAGUGCCAUCCUGGAACGCUACAAGCACCGGGCCAUGAGGCGCUAUGUCAAGCAGGUGAACGCAUUUCUUCUGGCCCCAAAGAAUGUGCGUCAGCGCCGACCUGUCCACAAGCUGAGGCUACAAAUGCUGGGACGUUUGCAUGAAAACAUUGAUGAAUGGGUCACUGCAGCCAUUGCCAAGUGGGGUGUUGAGGACUUUGAGCUUAUGAUUGAUGGCUAUUGCGUAUGCUAUGACCUCAAGCAGCUGGAUCGAUACCAGAACGUUCCUCUGGAGCGGCUUGUGCUAUCCAACUGCCAGCCUCUUUGUGCAUGGAACUGCCUGACAGUACAGAGGCUCACCAAACUCACAUUGGGUGCAGGUUCAUAUAUGGGAAUCAUCAGUAGUAUUCUUAGAAACUGCAUAGAGCUAAGGGAUUUCAAAAUCACAUCUUCUCGUGUUUGCCAAGCUGCUCUACGUUUCUUUGUGCCGACGUCGAAGAUAAAGAGUCUGCAAGUGGAUUGGUGCUGCUUUGGGAAAAUAUAUCUGAUGUCUCUGCCUUGUCUUGAGACUUUCGUUUGCCAUGGUCGCCCAACCAAGUUAUCCUAUGGUGAGGUGCCUCGCCUUAGGCAUGUGAGCUUGGACUACUUACAGACCGAAUAUAACAACAUCGACGAUGAAUCUGGUACUAGUAGGACAUAUCCACCGAGCAAAUUCUUCAAAAGGAUCCCACCGCUAGAUUCCCUUGUUCUGCAGUUCAAAGGACCCCGGAUGUGGAUCGAACCUUUUGUUGUUCCUGGUGGUCAGCUCAAAAAACUGUUCAUCGCAAAUGUCCCAGUGAACUGGGACGUACUAUGGAUUCUCCUACUGCUUGGUGCAGCACCAGCCUUGGAAUCGUUCCAUGUUCAUAUUGACAACAACUCGGAGCAGCGAGGCUCAGGUGAUCUUUGUGACAGUCUGGACGCCGAUGCGCAGCAACAUCAGAACCGUUGCCUGAAGGAGCUUGUUGUGGCAGGCUUCGAAGGAUUGGGGUGGCAAACAGGCUUUGUCAGAAUGAUCAUGAAGAGGUCGCCGUCGCUGAGGCACGUGCACCUGCUUGACGGCGAGGUCAAGGACAAUGAGCAGGAGCUGGGGGCGCUGCAGAUCGUCCCACGGCGCCGGGCGUGGCACGAGUGUGAGCGAGCUGUGGUGCUGGAUGACCUCACCGCUGGGUUUCGCUUCCUGCCUCGAAUAAUUCUGGAAUGA